AUGAAUGUCCUGUUGGAGGAGCUGCAAAAGCUGGAAAGGGAUCUUGGACAGGUACAUCUGGACUUAACCACCGCCAAUCUGGAGGAGCAAUUGGCCCUGGUGAAACUGGAAUCAGCCAAAAUGAUGUUUUUCAAUGAAAAGCGUUCUAAUAUUCUGCUGAGUUUGCAAGAGGAGAUAACCAACUUCAAAAGCAUUAAGCAGCAAGUUUCCGAGCCAGAAGUGGUUAGGAUUGCCCAGCUUUGCAAGCAGGUGAAGGAUAUCAACAAGGAGCUGGACGGGAUGUACGAGAUCAAUAAAUGCUCGAUUUGCCAGAUGAUUUGUGAGGCGGAGGGAAGUCAUUGUCUGGUUUCCCUGCGUUGCGGUCACCUUUUUGGACGCAGUUGCAUCAGCAGUGCUCUUUGGCAGGCUUUUAAAUGCCCCAUUUGCUUACGGGGAGCUCUCCACUUUCAUCUGCGGACGAUUUACGGGCUAAAGUUAUUUCCGUUCUGA